AUGUCUCCUUACAAAAACGAACUCCACGCUUUCGAUGUUGACGAGCGUGCUGGUUUCAUGCCUCCCUCUCCUCCACUGACCCGCCUCCCUCAACUCUGGGAGUUAUGGGAAACUAUACUAGAUGCUGCCAUUCAUGCGAAAUUGCAGCUUGGGGGUAAAGUUGGUCUUGCUGUUGAGGAAGCUGAGGCGUCAGAGGCAUGGCGCGUACGUGUUCGUCAGCUGCCGGUCAUACCCAUUUGCGAACUGGAUUCACCCAUGCUUCUACGUCGAGCCCAUCUUGUCUUGGCUUAUACUCUUCAUUUAUACAUCCACACUCUCCCGCUGACGUCUCCCAUCUGUAUACCCAAGCCCAUAUCUCUUCCUCUUAACAAGAAAGCAAACGUGUCGGUGCAUGUAUUGGGAAAGAGAAUAUUAUAA